AUGUCCUUGCUGGGCCCGGGAACCAAACUUGAAAUUUCGCUGACGCUCUCGUGUCCCAUGGACCUGAAGCUUUACCCGCUGGAUCGACAGACUUGUCAACUCAGGAUGGCGUCAUAUGGUUGGACGACUGACGAUCUGGUGUUUUUGUGGAAAGACGGCGACCCUGUGCAAAUCGUCAAGAAGCUCCACUUGCCCAGGUUUACUUUGGAAAAGUUCUUCACCGACUACUGCAACUCCAAGACCAACACGGGGGAAUACAGCUGCUUGAGGGUGGAUUUGAGGUUCAAGCGCGAAUUCAGCUACUACCUGAUCCAGAUCUACAUUCCUUGCUGCAUGCUGGUCAUCGUGUCCUGGGUCAGCUUCUGGCUGGACCAGAACGCCAUCCCGGCCCGCGUGUCCCUCGGAGUGACGACCCUGCUCACGAUGGCCACGCAGACGUCGGGCAUCAACGCCUCCCUGCCGCCGGUGUCCUACACCAAGGCCAUCGACGUGUGGACCGGCGUGUGUCUCACGUUCGUGUUCGGGGCCCUGCUCGAGUUCGCGUUGGUCAAUUACGCGAGUCGGUCAGACAUGCACAGGGAGAAUAUGAAGAAGCAGCAGCGGCGGCAGUGGGAGCUGGAGCAGGCAGCGCUGGAGGCGGCGGCGGCGUCGCAGGACCACCUCGAGGACGGCGCCACGUUCCCCAUGAAGCCGUUGAUGAGACACCCGUCUGGCCACCACCAUCACCACCACCACCACCCGCACAACAACGACCCGCUGGGCCUGGAGAAGGCGCGCCAGUGCGAGAUCCACAUGACGCCGCAAACGGCACAGGCGACCUGCAAGUCCUGGCUCUCCAAGUUCCCGACGCGCAGCAAACGCAUAGAUGUCGUCUCUCGCAUCACGUUCCCGCUCAAGCCGUUGAUGAGACACCCGUCUGGCCACCACCAUCACCACCACCACCACCCGCACAACAACGACCCGCUGGGCCUGGAGAAGGCGCGCCAGUGCGAGAUCCACAUGACGCCGCAAACGGCACAGGCGACCUGCAAGUCCUGGCUCUCCAAGUUCCCGACGCGCAGCAAACGCAUAGAUGUCGUCUCUCGCAUCACGUUCCCGCUCGUCUUUGCCCUCUUCAACCUCGUCUACUGGUCCACUUACCUCUUCCAGGAAGAAGAAAAGGACUGAAGUCCUGCAAGUAUAGAGGAAGAAGAAUAUACGCGGGAAGGAGAAGAAGAAGAAGAAGAAACAAAAUGUUAUCCACUCUUUUCUCGACCCCUUUAUUCUCAGACGACACGCGUACGAAUUAUUCUCCGGCCUAUUUUCUUGACAUUAUUUCUUUCUCUCCUUUUGUUCCUCAUGUAUGUUAUUUGUAAAUCAUUGUUGAUGGUUAUAUUCCCGUGCGCGCGUUAUUGGCAUUUCUUUAUUUUCGCAUCAAUUCUUGCCUGCCGAUGAUGACGGCGAUGAGAAACGCUUUUGGUUUUUGCAGACAAAAGAACGAAGAACAAGAAUGAAACGGGAUAAUAUUGGACAUAUACUCGCUCAAAAUCACCCCCAAUGCAACGUACUUCGCUGUACUGUCUUACUGCUUUUAUCACGCAGUCAUCGUCACACUGAAGAAAAAAAAUUCUGACGAAGAGGUUUCGACGAGGAACAACUGUUUUCUGAAGUGCAUGUAAUUUUUUUUCUUGAACACGAUGCCAUUACGGAAAAGAAACAUCCGAAUACACUUCUAAAAUAGUGAAUGCGCAUCAAUAAAAGUAAAACCUUUUCUUUAUUAUGCAGUAAAAUAUUCCAUCAGGGUGGAAUGCUCAAACGUCCGCGACAAUAAGCGUAAAAUCGAGAGAGCGAGAAAAAUAAACUUCAAUUGGGAAGAUGUGCUAAAUGCAUGAAAAUAACGAUUGUCAAAUAAUAUUAAAGCUGAAUACUGUAUCUGAAAACUACGGGUGAAAUUUUAAUAUUCAGAAUCUGGAAGAAACAGAAAAAAAUAAUUGUUAAUUGUCCUAAUUAUAUUCUCAACAUCUUCGUUACUUCAUCCCGCAUUCGAUCAUUUUCUGAAGACAUGCUUCAAAUCCUUGAAGUGGAUGAAGAAAGAGGCUUAUUAUUUUUUAUAUAACGUGUCGAAAACUCAGGACUUUCUCUUAAUUAUCUCCCUUAAUAAACGUCUCCCUGCCGAACCAUGUUUGUUUGCCAUUUCAUAAUAACCGAGGAUAAUUUGCGAGAGUGGGACGGUAGUACUUUUAAUUUCAUUUUUGUCGUCCUCGGGAGAUAUUCCCGUAAUUAUUAACAUUUUCAGAACAAUUAUCCGAAAAUCUGCCGGGAUUUCGCCCUUAUUCCACAAACUGAACGUUUCAAGAGUUUCUGAAAUAUCUGCGCAAAUACAUUACAUUUUUUUUCUAGAUUGCAGCAUGAAAUAAUAAGCCAGACUUCCCGAACUGGUUUCGAAAAGUUGAAACCCGACUAUGAAAUCCAUGUUCGUUUUUCCCCGAAGUUAAUUUCGGGUGAAGGUUAUAUUCCUCUUGUCCGAAUAUUGGAACUUUCCUGAGAAAGGCUGUUACUGAAACAACCAUCACAGAUACACACACACGCAAAGAAAAGGAACAGAAAUGAUUGCUAUGAUGAGAACAACAAUCCUUGAUACGUCUAUUACAUCAUUCCUCGUGGGCAAGGGGUUUAGGGGGAUGGGGGUAAACAAUUUUUUAUCCAUUCCUAAUAUAGGGUUGCUCAUCUGAUACCAAUAUAGAAAGAAGAAACAAAAACGGAAUUCAGCUCCUUGCCCAUCACUCAUCACCUUGGCUGUUGAUAUAUGCUUCAGAUGCGACUCCCGAUCUGCUCGAAUCUCGUCAGUCCUAUAUAGCGGAGAUUUAUUUAUGUAACUGAAUAUAUCUCUAGAUUUCAAAGUCCUCUUCUUUUCAAACGACGACUUAGAUGCAUUAGUCGCUUGAUUCUCUUAGGAGAGAGAGAAACAGGGGGUUUGGUAAGAUAUAAGAUGUGUGGGUUUAGCCAGUUGUAUCCCUGCGAGCUGUUGAGAAAGAAAAAAUAUGACGAGAAAUUGAAAUGUUUAAGUGUGCGAACAAUCAAUUGCAUGGCAAGCAGCAGGAAGACUGAAGCAAAAUUGAAAAGAAAAGAAAAAUGGGGGAGGGGGGAGGACAAAGAAUGUCUAUAUAUAUGCUGGAAAUUAUUUUUGUAUUCAUUCUGCCAGAAGUGUCUGACGCGUUGUGUGUUUGUGUGUGAGAAUCCAGGUGUCGCUUCUGUGUUCCAUAUAUGAUCCUUAUAUCUUGCAUUAUUAUUGUUACCUGAUUCAAGGGCCGCGGUGGGUUCCCCAUUUCAUUUAUUCCCGGUGAAUUUGAUUUGUUGAGUAGAUUUUUUCGUAUAUCGGGUUGAAUCAUUUUGAAUAAGUGACAAAACUUCAGAAGCGGAGAAAGGCUUUUGAUUUUGUAGUUGGAUGACAGAAGGAAGGGUUUUGGCUGCACAUGUGACAGAUUCUAAUUUGUUGGAGACAUUUAUUGUCAGAUGAUCGGAUUAAUUGUUGAUUCAAAAGUAUACUAUUCUCCAUUUGUUGCUCAUGUUUACUGGACAAUGACUCAUUUUAGAGUUUCAGGCUAUGAUUCAACAUGAAAUUGUUCUGUCGAUUUCAUGUAAUUUCAUCCGAGCAUGUGCCAAUAUGUGUUAGUUGCAAAAAAUACCACUUAUUGAUGCUUGGACGUAUAAUACUGUAUACAGUAUACUGUACAAUAAAAUCCCAUCAAAAGCAAAAUUUUGGGGACUUGAAAAUAAAUUUGUAUAUACCGAAAAAUUCGUUAAAAAAAGCUUUCACUGCACUGCAGUAAAAUCUUUUUAAAAUAGACAAAACCAUUGAGUCCCAGAAAAAACAGGUACGAACAACUAAUGUGACUGAAAUAUUGUGAUAUAAUUAGCGUUUUGGCGUUACUGCGCAGAAGAAUGACCUUCAACAAAAUUGUAUUGUAAUUUAAAAUUGUUCUAUGCAAAAGGUUUCCGUUCAAUAUUCCCUAAAACAUUUGGCAAAAACAGCUUUCGUAACUUGAAUACCUUAUCUUCCAGAUGGUCUAAUUUUGAUGCUUGAAACUAAACUGUAUUAUAAGUGUCCUAACUUGAAAUUCAGGAUGGAUCUUCUUCAUUUCCCUAAAUACCCGGAUUGUUAUUCACCACGACUAUGCCAAAAAGCGUUUCUAAGCAGCCAAAAUUUUUAAUUUCUGUCAUCAUCAUCAUGUUUGUCUGAUUUGAGAACGACUGUAUGGAGUUGAUUGAAAUAACGGAAAAUUUUCAUGUGGAAAAAAAAGGAGUGAGUGCGAGAAGGAAAGCUUUGAAUCUGCAGGAUGAGAAAGCAAAAAGGUAACAAUCUGUGUUUUGAACUUUGCAAACGAAGAAGAGAAAAAAAAGAAAUUCGCCUUCUCAUCUUCGGCGAUGAUUUCUAUCUUCUCAUUCUCGCGGUUGAACAGGUUCUUUCUCUUAUGUUCUCCUGUCUUUCAAAUAAAAAAUUAAUUAUUAUUGCGCUUCUCGAAAAGUAAAAGUCUUUUCAGUUGAUGAGCCCGGGUGAAAAUUUCAGACCCUCUCCAGCUCAAAAAAUAUAAACCCUACUUCAUCAUAAACUAACUGUAUAUGUACUGUAUUCUGGGCUUCAUUGGAAUGAACAUUUCCAUUUCGAAGAGAGAAAUACUCACGCAGUGAUUGAAAAUAAUUCCGAAUUUCAUCCACAAAAAAAUGAUGGUUUCUGAAAUUCUUGAGCGAAGGUUCUCGAUUCAUCCUCGCAUUGAUUACCCAUAUCUUCUAGCUUAAAAUCAAGCACUCGUGCUUUUAUUUGCGAAAUGAAUUUAUUAAUAGACCUGCGUCAUUUUGGGGGAAAUACGUGGUCUUUUUCUGCAGCUAAAACGUUGAGAUUUUUCGAAUUGGCAUUCAAUUUUCUUUUUAAUACCGAGACCGAGGUUUGUUUCAUGUCUCUGUUGAAAUUCUGAGAUUUUCCCGAGAUCGCUUUAUUCCCUUGAACUCAAAAAAAAAGAACCUGUUGUUCUUCCUUAGUUGUGCACAAUAAACUUCAGGGUGCAUGUGAGUGUUUUUUGUUUUGCGUGAAAGGAAGACCUGAGGAAUAUGGUGCGAGUUUUUUUUGGACUAUAGUUGAUGGUUUAUAUAAGAAAGGACGCAUCCUUGGAGACUUUGCUGGUUGGUCUCGGAUCGCGUUUUGCCGUAGGAUGAAAGAGUGGACGCGAUUUCAAACGGUCAUUCGGAUGCGCAUUUUGUCCUGAAAGUGUCGCACUGGCUCAAGAGAAAUUGGAAUAAAUCAUGGUUUUAUGUCUGUUUCAGUA